CGCCCGGCGCCUCUUGCGGCCUUCGCGCCUCUCCUAACCGGCGGGUGGGCCUCAGGUCCCUGGGGAGCCGCGGCCUGGACGCUCCUUUCCCUGGGAGCUGGGCCGAGCGUGCACGACCUUGCACGGUGGCUGCUUGCGUUCAGAGUUCGUUAACUUAGGAGCAAAUCUUGCGGGCUGUGGGUACCCGUAGCCGCAGCGGCGCCCUGCGUCGUCUUAAGCCCCAUGCAAGUGAACAUUCAGCUAUGUCCAGAAAUGACCAAGAGCCGUUUCUUGUGAAGUUUUUAAAGUCUUCGGACAAUUCAGAAUGCUUUUUUAAAGCUCUUGAGUCAAUAAAGGAAUUACAAUCAGAAGAUUAUCUUCAGAUUAUUACAGAUGAGGAAGCAUUGAAGAUAAGAGAGAAUGACAAAUCGCUUUAUAUCUGUGACCGUUUCAGUGGCACUGUUUUUGAUCACCUUAAACAGCUUGGCUGCAGGAUUGUUGGUCCUCAAGUGGUCACAUUUUGUAUGCGCCACCAGCAAUGUGUCCCAAGAGCUGAGCAUCCAGUCUACAACAUGAUAAUGUCUGACGUAACUGUAUCCUGUACAAGCCUGGAUAAAGACAAACGGGAAGAAGUUCAUAAAUACGUACAAAUGAUGGGUGGACGAGUAUACAGAGACCUUAAUGUAUCAGUCACUCACCUUAUUGCAGGAGAAGUUGGGAGCAAAAAGUACUUAGUUGCUGCUAAUCUGAAGAAGCCUAUUUUGCUACCUUCUUGGAUAAAAACCCUUUGGGAGAAGUCACAAGAAAAAAAAAUAACCAAGUACACUGAUGUAAACAUGGAAGACUUUAAGUGUCCUAUUUUUCUUGGUUGCAUUAUCUGUGUGACUGGCUUAAAUGGAAUACACAGAAAGACAGUCCAGCAACUCACGGCUAAGCACGGAGGCCAGUACAUGGGACAGUUGAAGAUGAAUGAGUGUACACACCUCAUUGUGCAAGAACCAAAAGGACAAAAAUACGAAUGUGCCAGGAGAUGGAAUGUGCACUGUGUGACCCUGCAAUGGUUUCAUGACAGUAUUGAGAAAGGCUUUUGUCAGGAUGAAUCUAUAUACAAGGCUGAAACCAGAGUAGAAGCAAAGAUGGUGCCUGAUACUUCAACACCCACUGCUCAGAGCAAUGCUGAAAGUCACACGCUCGCAGAUGUCAGCCAUAUAUCCAACAUAAAUGGCAGCUGUGUAAAUGAAACAAUGUUUGGUUCAACUACUAGCAAACUUGAAUGUUCCCUUGAAAACCUAGAAAAUCUGGACAUCAGUAUGUUUCAAGCUCCUGAAGACUUAUUAGAUGGCUGUCGGAUAUAUCUUUGUGGUUUUAGUGGCAGAAAGCUGGAUAAGCUGAGAAGGCUUAUUAACAGUGGAGGUGGAGUUCGAUUUAAUCAACUAAAUGAAGAUGUAACUCAUGUAAUUGUGGGAGAUUAUGAUGACGACGUGAGGCAGUUCUGGAGCAAAUCAUCUCACAGGCCUCACGUAGUGGGAGCAAAGUGGUUGCUGGAGUGUUUUACUAAAGGAUAUAUACUUCCUGAAGAGUCCUAUAUCCACACUAACUACCAGCCAGCUGGAAUUGCAGUUUCCGAUCAGCCUGGAAACCAGACAGCUGUCUUAGACAAGAGCGGCUCAUUCUCCAAGAGCGCCCUUGUUCCUGCUGAGAGGCUUCAGCAGGCCGACGAGGAUCUGCUUGCUCAGUAUGGAAAUGACGACUCCACGAUGGUUGAAGCUAAGCUAUCUGAAGCUUUAGAGCCUGAAGUCGGGCCUUGCCCUGGUUCUGCUCACCGUGAGCCCUGUGAUGAUUCCACUCACAUUUCUGUGCAAGAGGAAAACAAGUCGUCUGUCAGUCAUUGCAUCCUUGAUGACUCUACAGUUCGUGAAGAAGGCUUAUUUAGCCAGAAGAGUUUCCUUGUUUUGGGUUUUAGUGUUGAAAAUAAAUGUAAUAUUGUAGACAUCAUAAGAGAGCAUGCUGGCAAGAUUGUGUCCCUUCCCAGCAGAAUUGUUGCUGACUAUGCUGUGGUUCCACUGCUGGGAUGUGAGGUAGACGUGACGGUGGGAGAAGUUGUUACAAACACGUGGCUGGUUACGUGUAUAGACAACCAGACAUUAGUUGAUCCCAAGUCGAAUCCCCUCUUCACACCAGUCUCAGUAAUGUCGGGAGUGACUCCUUUAGAGGACUGUGUGAUUUCCUUCAGUCAGUGUGUGGGAGCAGAAAGAGAUUCCUUGGUAUUCUUAGCAAAUCACCUUGGAGCAAGUGUUCAAGAAUUCUUUGUUCGCAAAGCCAAUGCAAAGAAAGGCAUGCUCGCCAGCACACAUCUUAUAGUGAAGGAACCGACUGGUUCCAAAUACGAAGCUGCAAAGAAAUGGAGUUUGCCGGCAGUUAACAUUUCAUGGCUCUUAGAAACUGCGAGAAUCGGGAAGAGAGCAGAUGAAAACCAUUUUCUGGUUGACAACGCACCUAAACAAGAACAAGUUUUAGAAACUAAGAUACCAAAUGGAGUGAGUUCAAAUCCAGAUUUACCAGCACAUCCUGACGCACACUUGGAAAUUCACAGAAAAAAGGCGGUUACACCUUUGGACAUGAAUCGCUUUCAGAGUAGAGCCUUCCGUGCUGUCAUUUCACAGCAGAGGGGGCAGGACCCCACCUUUCCACCAGUACGGCAGCCCCUUACUAAGGAGCCCUCUUUACACCUGGACACACCAUCAAAGUUUCUGUCCAAGGACAAGCUUUUCAAGCCAUCCUUUGAUGUGACGGAUGCACUUGCAGCCCUGGAAACCCCAAAUGCUGCCAGCCAGAAGCGGAAACUAAGCUCACCACUCUCUGAAGUCAUCGUCAGAAACCUGACAGUUGCUUUGGCAAAUAGUUCCCGAAACACUGACAGUCAUUCUGCCAGCCCUCAGCUGAAGGGUGCCCAUUUGGAGGAGGAAGAGACUCGGAAACCACUUGACAGCGUUGUGGUGUGUGUGAGUAAGAAGCUCAGUAAGAAGCAGAGUGAGCUCAAUGGGGUCGCAGCAUCACUGGGAGCAGAGUACAGGUGGAGUUUCGAUGAGACUGUUACUCAUUUCAUUUACCAGGGUCGGGCAAAUGACAGUAAUCGAGAAUAUAAAUCUGCAAAGGAAAGAGGGGUGCACAUCGUGUCCGAGCAUUGGCUAUUAGAGUGUGCUCAAGAGUAUAAGCAUCUUCCUGAAUCUCUUUAUCCACACACUUACAAUCCCAAAAUGAGUUUGGACAUCAACACAGUGCAAGAUGGGCGGCUCUGUAACAGCCGGGCACCCUUGGCAGUUUCUGCAUCUAAGGAUGAUGGGCCAGAUCAUCUGUCUGUAGAAGGAAAUGAGACAAACACUAUGGGCACAAAUGACAAAGAGUCACCUCUGUUGAAUGGGAGUGGAAGAGAUGACUGUAAAGGAGCUCUGACCCAGGCCUUGGAGAUGAGAGAGAACUUCCAGAAGCAGCUGCAAGAGAUCAUGUCAGCCACCUGCAUUGUGAAGACGCCUGCCCAGAAGACUUGCAUGUCAAGAAGCAGCUGUAACAGCGCCUCUUCAACUCCUGACAGCGCUCGCUCUGUGCGGAGCGGACGAAGCCGAGUCCUGGAGGCACUCAGGCAGUCUCGGCAGGCAGUGCCUGAUGUGAACACGGAGCCGUCCCAGAACGAGCAGAUCAUUUGGGACGACCCGACAGCAAGGGAAGAGAGAGCAAGGCUUGCCAGCAACUUACAGUGGCCCAGCGACCCCACACAGCAUUCUGAGCUUCAGGUUGAGAUAAAAAUGCCGGAUGACUCUCCCUCUCGAAAGCCUGUGUACCAUUCAGAAAUUGCUGAGCAGGCCUCGUGUGUUACUCAAGCCCCAGGGCACCCAGGCUCUGAAGAACCAGAGCCUCCAGUAGCAGAAAGGCCUUUGAUCCCCGAGCCGCAAGCCCCCGCUGUAGCUUCCCCCCUGGCUAAGCCGCCUGUGGCCCCACAACCUGCAGACAAGAUUGAAACACAGGAGGAGACGCACAGAAAAGUUAAAAAACAGUAUGUGUUCCAGAUGUCGUCUCUGAAUUCUCAAGAGCGGAUUGAUUACUGUCGCCUGAUUAAAGACUUAGGUGGGUCGGUGAUCGAGAAGCAGUGCUCUGACCCCAGCUGCACACACAUGGUUGUGGGCUACCCACUGCGCAAUGAGAAGUACUUAGCUUCUAUGGCAGCUGGUAAAUGGGUGCUUCAUCGCUCCUACCUAGACGCUUGCAAGACAGCUGGGCGCUUUGUGCAGGAAGAAGACUACGAGUGGGGAAGUAGCUCCAUACUUGAUGCUCUCCCUGACGUCACUGAGCACCAGCAGAAGCUCGCACUGGCGGCAAUGAGAUGGAGGAAAAGAAUCCAGCAAAGUCAAGAAUCCGGCAUUGUUGAGGGAGCAUUUAGUGGCUGGAAAGCUAUUUUACGUGUUGAUCGGCCCCGAGAAGCUGGGUUCAAACGCCUUCUUCAGGCAGGAGGAGCAAAGGUGUUAUCUGGUCAUCCAGAACCUUUACUUAAAGAUGCUACGCAUCUCUUUUGUGACUUCAAUAAACUGAAACCUGAUGACUGCAGAGUUUUCAUCGCAGAGGCUACUGCCCAGAACAUGGUCUGCUUGAAAACAGAAUAUAUCGCUGAUUAUCUCAUGCUGGAAUCCCCUCCUUGUGCAGACAAUUACCGUGUAUCCGAAGCUGCUUUAUUCCAUAAUAAGAAAGGUGGGCCUGGAUUACCACAGAAGAGGAAAACUCCUGCAGAGAAUGUAGUCAAACGGCCUCGAGUACACUGAAGUGAGCCAUACACAACCACCCAACGAAUGUUUUUGAGUUUAGUGUGCUUGCCUAAAAUGUAUAAAGUGCACUAGAAAAUUUUCAGCUACAACCUGAACAUUGCUGUGAUGCAUUUGUGUAGCAGUUUAAAGGCAUACAUCUGAAGGACUAUGCUUCAGAUUCUAAUGAUCCUGUAAACUGGAUACCUUUAACCUGAAUUUGAAUCACUGGUUAUUGACUGUUCCUAAUGAGGCUGAAAUAGUUUUAACAAGGAGAUUUGUUUCAAAAAUGUCAUAGUUCAUAAAAGCAAAAGUUAUACAUUAGGGUUAUUUCAUGUUUUCCUGAUUUUUAUAUAUGUAUUCUUGCCAUUUAACCUCUUUAACAGCCUGAGCAGAGAGUUUAACAAUGAAGCUGGGGCUCUAAACUUAAAAUAUGUAUAUAUGUAAAUGUGUGUAUGUAUAAACUUCUAUCAUUUGCCAAACUUGGGCACCAAAACUUUGAGAUAAAGAAUAAAAAAAAAUAGCAACUUAAA